CCUAAAAUGUUCAUAUGAAAAUUUUGAGGACUGUCACAUACAGUGAGUAGAAGUUUUGUAAUUCCAAAUAUUUUUUUCAGAGGUACUGAAACACAGUGUUUUUGUAAUAAAAUAUCUUCUUAGGAAAAAUUGAUUUUUAAACAAAAAUUAUAUUUAUACAUCUCCUUAGUGACAAGUUCAUCUUUGAUUCCAUGUUUUUCAUAUUUAUUUAAUGAGUUUCAAGAGAAUACUCAUGUGUUUUAAGUCAAACAUAAUUAAAUUCUUGUUUAAAUGGAAUUGUUGAGGAACCACUUUUACUUGCAUCUUUGGUGUCUUAAAUGAUGAAGAUUGUGUUAAUGAUGUUCCUGUACUUGCUAAUUUUUUAUCAGAUAUGUUUAAAACAAAAUAGAAAGCUUCCUGUUCUUUGAAUCAGUUACAUAUAGUUGCAAUAAAUUCAUUAUUUCUGUUCAAAUGGAGGUUCAAGCUCUGAAUAGGGGCAGACUUCUUAUAUGAGGAAACUAAGAAAUUUACUGUCUGAUUAGGACAGGACUGGGAAGGGUGUCUUGCUGGUCUUAGAAAGAGGAGCUCAGAGAGCUGGAGUAUCACAAGUGGUCUGGAAGAAUCUGGGAUUCUAUGCAAAGUGUAUAUGGGAGAAGCAACAUUUAGAGGAAUUGAGAUAUUAUUGUAAGUAUCUUCAUGGAAUAGUUCACAUGGAAGUUGUAGAGGUAGGUGUUGUAAAAAGACUUGAAGAGAAGUGUUAGGAACCAUUCAUUUCAUGGGAAGUAGUCCCCAGGGAAUUAAUUUCCAGUAGUGUAUGCACAGAAGAUUGGCUGAGUUUCUGAGGAGAAACUCAGAAACUCAUCUGGAGGCAGAUGUCUCAGGAGAAAAUAGCAGGGAGGGAUGCUACCAGUCCAGUAGUCUCUACAAACUACCUGUUUUUUCUAUAAUUCAUUUUCCAAGAUAGAAAAGUUAGCUUCUCUAAUAUGUAUUUACAUUUGGGCUUUUUCUAUAUGAAUAGGCUUUAGCAAUCUUACUCUUUGAAUUCCUUAAUUCUGCCAGUGGAGAUAGUUCAAACAACCUGCAGGUCAAGCACCAGCAGUGCACAGCUGUUAAUGAGAGGGAAAAUACCUUUUCCUGCUAUAUAUAAGUAGACCUAUCUGCCUUCUGAGUCACCAGCUGAAAACCUCUCUUCUCAGAGAGUGGGAGCAGAAAGAAAAAGCUGCUUGGGAUGUCUUGUGUAUCCUAAAUUACUCUAACUGGAUUUGUCUAGUGGUGUGCAGGGGAAUUCAGGUCUUUUCUCAUGAAGCAUAAGUGAAGUGAAGCAUAAGUUUUUUUCCUAGCUUUUUUUUAGGAGAAAAAGAAAGAAAAAAUAAUAGGAAACCUAAAUUAUGGUAACAUAUUCAAUGUUGGUUACAGCUAUAAAUCAGCAAUUGACUUAGUCAUCAGUAAGUUUGGGUUUUCUAUAAGUAAUAAGCAAUUUCUGGGCACAUUUUUUCCCGAGUCCCUAAGUCAUGUUAUGUGUACAGGAUAUUCAUGGUAUCGAUGACUCUUUCUACCUGGCUGUGAUGGUAACCGUUGAAAAAUUUAUGAGAAGGGCUUUAAGUUGUGUCUUACAAAUGUUAUAUAUAGAUUCCUCUUAAACCCUAGCAUUUGGGUAUGCUGAAGAGCUUUGUGGUUGCUCUGAACAAUUCUAGUUCAGAAUUACCACUAGGGCUUACUAUUUUUCUUCUUUGUGUAGCUGCCCCAACUCUUUGUUACAGCACACUGUGCUUUCUGCAUUACUCUGUCAGCUUCUACCUCAUUUUCAGUCUCUAUAGCAACAGUUUCUCAGCAACUGGGAGAUGCUUAGCAAAGGCCUCUCAAUUUAGAAAUAUUGCACUCCAACCAUUAAAAAAAAAAAGCUUUGAAACAAAGAUCAAAGAAGUUUUAUCUUUAAUAAUUCAGGAUAUUUAUUACUAAUUAAUUAGUGUUCUCUGUUUUGACUGCUUAGACAAUUACCUGAUACUUUGAUCUGGGCCUUUGCUAGGCAUUUGUUGUGAGCAGCUUUAAUUUAAAAGCAAAACCUUUAGAACUGUGUCUUGAAGUCAACUUUUAAGUGCUGUAAAACUACUGGACUUCUCUGGCAGUGUCAUCUGACUUCUGGACCUUCAGUAAGUAAUGAGAGGAAGGUAAGCGCAGCUACUGUAUUUAAGAGGAGACAGUAAUUUUGGCCUUUGAAUAAAACAUAGAAUAUCUUCACCCUUCACAGGAAACAUAAGUAACUGUAGGUUCUUUUAUGCAUAUUUAAGAUGUUCAUCAUAUGUUGUCUGAUUUCAAAAGAAAAGUCUCUGUGAUCAAGUUGAUUGAUCUGCUGGGAGGUUUCUGCCUUACUUCAUGUGGCUCGUCUUUCUCUCUACUUUAAUUUAAUUAUGUAACAUGCUUCAAAACACAUUUUAUUUGCUAAAGUACAUAUUCUGAGAACCUGUAUGUCAAACAAAGUACAUGUAAGUAAUCAAGUGUUACUUUUCUUUCACAUUCCGCUAAGAGUCAAGAAAAAGGCUAUCCUUGUUUUGCACAUAAGAGUAUUCAUGUUAAUGGGACCAGGACUGUUAACUGUAACAAUUUACUUCCUGAGUAUUUGUACAUAAUUUUAAUUUUUUGUUUGUUUUCUUAAGUGUUUUUCACUAUUAAAGCACACAAGUAACUGAUAUAUAACACAGGCUGAAAGAGUGUAUCAAUGGGCAAAGUUACUUCAGAUUUCAUGGGCAGCAGAUGCUGCUUCUGCUUUCACAUUGUGUUCAUGUGCUAACACUGAAGUAGAUUCUCUUUGUUUCACCCAGGCACUCCCACUGCAGUCAAGAUCUGGACUGUCCACAGAGUUUUGUAUAUGAAAGUGUAGACUGUGCAUACAUUAAUAAUGUCUUCUGUAACUUCUUGGAAGGAGGGUUCAUAGAUAUGAUGUAAUUUGGUAAAACACAGAAAUACAUGGUUGACUUUGAGACUAUGAAUACCCUAGUACAAGACUAUAGUGUGUUUUUCCAUAUGGGUGAUUUAAAUAUUAGACAUUGUGUUGUACUGGACAGAGAUCUGGUCAUAUUACAGUAAGUAUCAAGCGCUCAUAUAUUAUGCAUGCUGUAUAACUCAGUAAGUCAGUGGAUCUGUUCUUAUUUGAGUGAGCAAAUUCUAAUGAGUUCUAAUUUAAGUGAGUUUAACCUGAAUAGUUUUACAUUCAUCCUGUCCACUUUCUUUAUUUUAUGUACCUCUGGUACAGAGAAAAUAAAGGAGGUAAGCUGUGCAUUUGUAAGUCUACCUUCUAGAUUGCUACAUGUAGCUUUCACCAAACACUUAUGUUUAAUUCAUUGCUCUGUGUCUUCUGAUUUCACUGAUUUCUGUACAUGAACUUUUCUGUCAAGUUAUGCAGAGACUCCUACUACUGCAGCUAUUUUAGGAACAGUUGUAUCAUAUUUUCAUAUAUAUUGCAUAUGAAUAUCUAUCUAUAGGCAAACUUAUGUGCCUGUGUAAAUGCUGGGCAGAGCUGUUGUUUUGUAGAACCCUUAGUAAGAAAGAAAAUAGAACAGUGUAAAAGAAACAUAGUGGUAUUUUUUUCAAAGAAGGACUACAGUAAAAACUGUGUCAUUGUAGUCUUGAAUGAAAAAGACUAUUAAAACAAAUCUGUAUCUCAAUAUUUUAAGCAUCUAAAUUUAGGUUAUGGCUGAAAUUUAGAGACUGAAACACAAAUUGCAGCUUUCACCAAUUAAAAUGGUAAGGAGCAUAUUUAUGGUAGACUCAAUAAUUUUAGAUAAUUGAAUAUUUAUGCUUCAUAAAUGGCCAGUAUUCUGUUGUGUUUAUGACAAAUGAUCAAUUAUUCUAACUGAAAAAAUGUAAGAAGUGAACAUUUGUUUAAGUUCAGAUUUAACAUCAAAUUUAUUAUUUAAGUUUUAGUUAAUUUCCAACUCUUUAAUUUUUAUUUAUUUUAGCAAACUUUCCCUUUGUUCUGCACAAUAAACGAUAUAGAUUGCCUUUGGAAUCUUGUGUGACUUAGAUCCAUUAUUCCUAGUGUUUUGCAAUUGCAGUGUUAGCUGAAAGAUAGUUACUACUAGUUAAUUCAUACUUACAUUUCUGUGAUUGGAAAUAUAAUGUAGUUUAGAGCAUUAGUGAAAUAAAUCCUGAGGGGAGACAUUCAGUUUCCACUACUGCAGGGCCAUAACUACUUUUGCUUUCACAGUUGUUAAUGUAAGUAGGUACAUGGUUAAGCUUUGUUUUCCCCUUCCAUAACAGCUCAAUAUGAAAUAAUGCUAGCUCAGCCUAAAACUUUAGUUUUGCUUGAAAAUUUUAGAAAAUACUUUUGAAUAAUUGCAAUCAGUGAAUCUGAGGAAGAGUCUGGUGUGGAUAUGCCCUCUAUGACCUGAAAUUGUACAUUGGACCAUGUAGUAAUCCUGCGUGUAAACACUGAGCUCUUAAUAGUGAAAGAUCUCAUUUCCUGUACUUAAAACUGUUUUGAGGAUUGGUUUUGCUGUACUACAGUUUUGCAGUUACUUGAAUUACUCCUAUUUUAUGCUGAGCAGAGAGCUUGCCAUUUGCUGGCAUUUCUCUGCACGUGGCACCAAAACUAUUUUGUUUAAUGUAAUUCUGUUUAAUUUAAUUUCUGAAAUGCAUCCAGUGAAUUGUUCAGAUUAAAAGGUUUAAUUUGAAUGGUUCAAUAUGUCUCUGUGUAGAAUAUGUGGUUUUACACUUUGGUUUGUUUUGUUAUAGAAUGCCUAAUGCCAUCUGUUAAUUUCAAAUGGAUCCAGACUUGCAGGAGGCCUUCAAUGAUGUUGAGAACUCCGUAUACAGAACAGCCCUAAAACUACGCUCAGUACAAAGUCUUUGCCAGUUGGAUUUGAUUGACGUUUCUCUGAUUCAGCACAUCCUAUCAAGUGAACAAAGCCAGAGGGAAGAGCAGAUUUCUCUGAACAGGCAGCAAAUCUCUAGAAUGCUGAUGAAGCUCUUCCAAAGGGCAAGGUCAGAAAAUCCAGGCCAGGUAGAUCCAAGAGCUGCUGAAUUCACAUUGAGCCUGCUGAUUGCCAUGUAUGACAGAUCUGGAACGGGGUAUGUCAGAACUAGAUCUGCUGCAGCUGCCCUAAUUUCCCUUUCAGGAGAUACUCUACUGGCUAAAUACAGAGCUUUCUUCCAGUUUUAUGCUGUCCCUGAUGGGAAGGAGACCUUGAUUACCCGAAGUGCCCUGAGAAGCCUUCUAACAGACUUAAAUCAGGUCCCAGCCACUGUGGGAGAAGGCUGCACUCUGUCUUGUGUGGAAAUUGCGAUUCGUGACUGUUUCCAUGGGGUUCUGAAUGCAGCUAUUGUUGAAGAAAAAUUCCUGUCUUGGCUGAGAUCAGAGCCUGCUGUCCUCCUGUGGCUCCCUACAUGUUACAGAUUAUCAGCCACGGAAAUGGUUUCUCACCAAGCUAGAUGCAGAGUCUGCAAAGGUUUCCCCAUUACAGGCAUCAGGUAUCGCUGUUUAAAGUGCUUCAAUUUUGACCUUUGCCAAGCUUGCUUUUUCACUGGCCGUCUCUGCAAACCACAUAAGAGAUCACAUCCUGUUGUGGAACACUGUGUGCAGAUGUCAGCAAAGGCGAACGCAAAGCACUUUGUCCGCACCAUCAGGAACAACCUGUUCCAAGAGCGCUGCAGAAGAAAAGAGGCUCAGAGAAGGACGGUUCUGGAGUCAGUGCAGGAGAGGCACUUCCCUGCUCACAAAAAGACUUUUCCUCCUGUGGAAUUCAGUGCUUCACCACUACUUGGUCCUGAAAAUGUGUCUUUCCCAGUGGACAACUGUGUCCCAGAGUCACCUAGGUUCAUACCUGAAAACAGGACUGUAAUGCAGAAGAGUGAGAAUAAUAAGAUGACACCAGAGCAAGGCAAGACAAUAGCUCAGGCAAUAGCCUCUUUUGAAGCAGAUGUGUUAAAAAUGCAUGAAUACAUUAAAAGCAUUCACAGUGACAGCAGGUACAUGAAAAAGCAGUUCAACAAAUGGAAGGACAAAAUGCAAUUUCUUCAUAACUGCCAGGAAGAAAAAAGCUGCAAAAUAGAGGCAAAACUGCAAAGCCUGAGAGUAAGCCAUAAAAACCUGCAAAUGACGCUGCAGCACAUGAAGGAAGAAGUGAAGACCAUGUUGCAGUCAUCAGAGCAUCCUUUUGCACAGUGUCAUAAUAGAAUGCCAAGAAAUCCACAUGUUCUGUUGGAAAGGAGAAUGCAGAGUGAAUUAAAUCCUGCCCAAAUAAGGCCUAUUUUCAGAACAUGUGCAGAAUGGAAAUCAUUGAAUCCCCCAAACUCUGUGAAUAGAAUGCAGCUUUUACAGACACCUGAGGUUCCCACUGCAGUAGACUUCACAUUCUCAAAUGACCCACUGGAGUCAGUGUCCCUGCAGAAUGACAAACCGUUUAUGGGACAGCAUAAACAAGCAAAAGAGAAACAAACCUAUCUGCCUAAACUGACAGAAAACUCUCUUGGUGGAAUGGGGAAUACAGUUCUUAUUCCCACUGCAAUGCAGAUACCACCUGAUGAGAAGGAAGUGAGAAAGGAAUUGGAACUGCUAAUGAUGAAACUGAAGGACACAUUGUCUCUCCAGACGCAACCAGCCCAACAAACUGCUUUGCACCAGGAGUUCUUCUCUACAGCUGAGCAUGUUUGCAGGUCCUUUUCUGACCUCAUCCACCAGGUAAUUUCACCAGCUUGUAAGUGAUGGAAGCUACCAUUCAUCUUACAACUUCACUGAACUACUUAAAGGUCUAUUGUCUGUUGAAAUGGCCAGCAGGAAAGUCACUGGGUGUGAUGCAACACUUCAGCAGUUCUAACCAGUGGAAAGAUAUAGUUACCUAAACCUACAAUUCUUCAGUGCUGUACACUAUUGCUGUCGACCUGAAACAUUUCCAUGGAGCUGACAGACAAGACAUGGGACAGGGAGGAGACCAGGGUACUUCUGUGCCAGGAGCUGCAGCCCUGAGGACACCCUGGCAUGUCUCUGGCCUAUGCUGAGAAGUGGCCUUCUGCUAGAAGGUUUGAGGAACUGCAGCUCCCCAUUGGACUACAUUUGUCUUACUGUAAUAAUGUGUCUCUCUCUAUGCCUACCAACUGUUGGUGUGAGAUAUGGCGCUGUCUCCACUGCCAUAUUCAUAGUGUUUCCCCAAGAGUAAAUUUAGGUGACAUGUCAGAAGUGUGAGCUGGCUUCAUUGUUGAAGCCACUUAUUUAAAUUCAUUUGUGGAAGAGGUAACAUUUCUCCUGGUAAAUGUAUUUAACACAAGCUUUGAAAAUACGUGUGGAGCAGGUAUUUUUACAAGUGCAAGCUAAGUGGUGUUGGUCAAAAAAUUCAUAUAUAUUUUUGAAAAUAUAAUCUGGUGAUAUGUGACACUGUAAAUGCAAAUGACCUUUAUAAAGGAUGUGACCACAUUUUUCUCUAGACUUAAGCACUCCAAGAAAAUAAGAAAGAACCCCAAACUGAUAGCAUAGUACAUUAAAUAUUAAUCCUUGUCUUUUGGGCAAGUUGUCUCACAUUAACCAUUCAGUUAGAGAGCUUUUGAUUAAUUUUAAUGGCAUUCUGAGUAUUUAUAGCCAGACAACUCUUAGUUUUUGAAUUAAGGGAUUCGUUGCCAUUUGGGUGCUGGACUGAUAUCAACAUGUUCCAGAAUAAAGUAAUUGGUUCUUCCUGACUCAGCCCUCCUGCUUUCUCAUGUUCCCACAGACAAUGGGGAAACCCUUCUCACCUUCAGCACUCCAGGCAGAGGAGUCACCCUGGGUAUGUCACAGCUAGAAGAGCAGUUCUGUGAAACAUGUUUUCACAAACAUCCAAGAAAGCAAGGCUGUUACAGGAUCAGUUUCUCGCAGGGAGAAAAGCACUUUCAGAGUGCAUUCUUUCCUGAGGCUGAGCGGGACUGCAAUGUGGAAUCCCACCUUCUCUUUCUCUGAGAGUGUUUCUUUCCUGCAGCUCUUGGGAGAAAAGGGUGUUGGAGCACGCCUGCCUCAGGGCAACUCUUGGGCUAUGCCAGUGGGCCACAAAGGAGGGCUCCAGCCCUGCCACUGUCACACUCAUCCCACAGCACAGACACUCCCCUGGCAGCCACAACCCCACACAGGGAGCCUGCAUAUUCCCACUCAAAGUUGUCUGGGGAAAAUAGUCUUCAAGAAGAAAUUGGAGGAGGGGAUAGCAAAUUAUUUAGGGCCAAGAAAUAGGUCACAGGAGAUUCUGGAGAGUAAUGAGGAUAUUCUGUCCCAUGUGAAAGGGCACGUGGGGAUCUUCAGUUCUCCUUGGUUGCCUGCUCAUUCUCAGUCUCUUUGCUGGACUAUCCACUUUGCUCUGUGUUUUGCUGGUAGCUCCUACUAGGGUUCUUUGGCACUUAUAAAGUACUUGCCACUCUUCAAACCACAGGUGUGAAGCCUUAUGAGUACACUACUGCUGUUGUCAGAGAAGAAAGUUGGGGGUUUUUAAUGUGCAAGAUCUGCCAUGUAAAAUUUAUCGGCAGACAAAUCUGCCUUCUUGAAUUAUUUUUCUGAAUGAAGUACUACAAGCUCUGUCAUUUAGAUGAGUAAAACUCAUACAUUAUCAGUAAGGAACCAUGUGAUAGAGGCAGAUAGAACAUUGGGUAUUUUUUAAUUAAGUAUAUAGUUUAUUUAUUUUUUUAAUAGGUCAGGCCACUCAGCCUUUGAAACUCCCAUUUUUAUUUCACAAAUGUACCCUUUGAAACCUAUUCUCAAAGGAGAUGCUAUAAAGGUGAUACUAGUGUGAAUUUCCACGUAGUGAGUUUAAUUUGGAACUUCUGAAAAGAUUAUAGUUUAAUUUAACAAGGUCCUUUAUUUCCUAUCCUAUUACUGAUUAGGCACAGCUAAAAAGUUGCGUAUUUCAUGAAGACUUUAAUUUUUUUGAAUACCUGGGGAGGGGGGUUUGUCUCAAACUUAUCAGCUAACCAGCUCUGCCUAAAAGCACUGCUCCCUGGCCUGGGUGCAAAGGUCACCUUUGUGUACAUACAACAGUUCCUGCCCUAGAGAUCUUGUGUUUGAAGUGAAAGUGCCCAGCAAAAUCAGAGGAAGGAAAAGUGAAGCAAAAAUGUAAUGGGACCGGAAUCUUUUACCUACCUGCCUAGCCCCCUGAUCCAACAGAGGAUGUUCUGUAAUGUAAGGCAAUUGUUUCUUUCCUUCUGCAAAUGAGGCAAUUUUCAGUCUUGUGUUCAGGACCUCCUCAUUACAUAAAGCAGGAGUUAAAAUCUUUAAUUUCCUAAAGCUUUUCAGUGAAUGCUGGAGGGCACUAGAAUAGUUCUGUUUCUUGGAACUGCUUUCUCAUGGCACAGAAAUCCUGGUCAAGCAUUCAUUGUCUAUAAACUAUGUUAUUGUUAACAGUAUCUGUAAGAGUAACUUCAUAAUGGAGCAGGUCUUGAAAUAGCAAUACAGAGUUCAGAUGUACAUGAAAGGAAAUAGGGGAGAAGUGACUGACUCCAAAGGAGACAGGCUUGCUUGUGUACCUUGCCUCCAUCUGAUUUCAUUGUUGUGCCACUCUGAGUGGGGCAUGUUGAUAAGGGAAAAGGUAUGGGGAGGAAAUGGAUGGUCAGAAUAUGUAAAAUCCCAACAAAAAUAUAUGAAUGGAGUAUGGAGGUUUAGACUGUGGUCCUUGUACUUACUUUUAGAAGUAACGUGAGCCUUCUCUUUGAAAGAACAAAUUGAGACUGCUUAACAAAGCCAUGAGCGCUGCUACUGCAAGUUCUGUCCAUUUAUUCUGUAAUUAUACAGUUAUUAGUGUGCUUUGGAGCAAACCAGAGGGCUAGAAAACAUGUUUUGGGAAGAGGUCCUUGUUAGGGAGAUAAACAUCUCUGUUUACAUAAGCUGAAGAGAGGAGUGGAAGCAUCUUUGUGUGAUGAGGCUGAAAGUCAGGCAUUGCUAUAGACAGGUGGAGCUUUAGGUGUCCCCAGUGCUGCUGCCACACAGCUGGGACCACUGGAAAACAGGGCUGUGCUGUGCUGGUAGGGUCUGGGCACUUCCUUCAGCUUCACAGCACAAGGUGCUGUUCAGCACAGCUCCCAUCAAGGGUCCUUAGGACAUUGUCAAAGCUGCAGGCUCCCAGGAAUAUCAACUGCGGCUGCUGGUGCCAUUUUCUUCUGUAACCCUCAGGUAGAUUUGAGAUAUUUAGACAUUUUUCAUUCAUGAGAAUAAACUGAUCACCAUCUCAGCUGGAGAUAGGAAACCAGUUAAAAGCAGUUUGCCUGUGCUGUUUUUUGGCUGGACAGUGUCCAGGUUAGAGUGCAGGGCAGCAGCACAUGUUAUGUGUGGGGACAUUUUCUUUCUGCACAAGAGGCAAAGCAAUGUUAUACCCACAGCAUGUUACUGGUGUGUAAUGUAAGGGGGGUGUUGUGCUCCUGCCUUUGUCACCAGUUAAAUACAGCUGCAAGAACCAGCCCUUCUCUCAGCUGCUCUGUGUAGUGCAGAUGCAAACAUUGUUUCACAGUCUCCAAAGGAAACUCAAAGCCUCCAGCAGCUGGACUGAUGGCUGAGGAAAUCUGUGAAUGUAUGCUAUACAGUGGUGCAGUGUUGUGCUCAUGAAGUCUGACAACUGGACUUAGACCAUGUAAAAUACGUUUAAGUUCUUCCGUGCUUUGAGCUACCAGCUUUGAUGCGGGAAUUCUUAUACUGGCUCACAAAGUGCCACACUAAAGCAUGGCCUGUUACAGUACUAGUGGUAAAGAUGAGGGCUAUCCCAUGACUUAUUAAAAACCAAGGUUUUUUAGAAGAACAUUUUAAUAAGAAAAAAUCAGCUGGCACUUGAUUAUGGGUUUUCUACAAAUUAGAGCACUCAUAAUUACACUGCCCUCAGCAGUUUGAGGUUGCUCAGAAAUAACAUGUUUAGUGGCUGGUGAUGCUGGUCUGAUGCAGAGUCCUUGUACUUAUCUAAGGGUUGUGCCCCUAUUAUGUUACCUGUUCCCACUAAGUGACUUAUUCUACAAACCUACAAGAAUGUGCUUGCUGAGUUGUGAACAAUAAAUAAUUGAACUGAAUUACAGUGUGUGCAGCUUUAAGAUAAUGUUUUUGUGACCUUUUGCUUUCAAUUGUACUGGUUUGAGCAUCUCUGCCAUUAAAAUUCUUAAGCUUUCCAUGGACACUUAGUCUCUGUGAUAUUACUGAUGGAUGAUUUAUAUUAACUUUUCAGCUCUUGUAGGUAGGAAUCUAUAGGAAGUACAUUUGGAACAAAAGAGGCUUUUUUGGGUUUGUGCAAUGUGGCUUGGUGUUGUGUUGGUUUUGUCCAUGAUAGUAAGUGCCCCAGCAGGAUCAAUCUUCAGUGUUUGUGCUGAAACUGAGAAAGUUUUCAAAAACAAUUCUAAGAAUUUUUUCUUGUGAAAUCAAAAGCAGGUAUGCAUCUCUCUCUAUAUUGCUUUUCUAUUCAUAUGCUGCAAAAGACUUAACUUCUAUUUUAAGGAAUGACUGUCUAUUCUAAUUAUAGCCAAAAUGCAUGUUUAUAUUGAGUUUAUGGAUAAAUCCUAUAUUUAAAUGACAGGAAAUAGAUGUGUAUAAUAGUGUAUCCAUUAGUGAGAGUGUUCCCUCACUCUAUCAUUCUGAAUGAGAAAGAUGUUUUCAUACAGAGUGUAUUUUGUUUCCUUGUCUGGAGCUGGAGAAAGCAAAACAAUAUCAGUAGUUAUCUGGUAACUGUGACAUGCAUGCACUUAAUUUUCCCAGGCUGGCUUCACUAGAGUUAGUCUGGCAAAAAAAGAAAAGGGAGAUGUAGUUUCAUACAGUACUCCAUUAAAAUGAUGGCCACAACAUCUGGUUGUUAUGAUGUAAUUAUUUAAAGAAUACUUCAAGGGCCUUAUUUAUUUACAGGCCUUCCUGUAAUUAUAUAAUUCAGAUUUUUGAGCUGGAAAAGGCUUCCCUCCCCUACCAAAAGCCUCCAGGUGUCACUGAACUCAGUGUAGCCAGCAGCUGGGACUGAAGCAGGCUGGGCCCAUCCUGGGUGCAGGGGCGCUGGUUCCAUGCACGGCAGAGAGGCUGCGUGCAACGUCCUCCCACAGACACAGCCUCACUGUGAGAUUUGACACACUUUGAGAUCUUUCAUAAAAGAAAACUCCAUUCAAUUUCCACUACUACAAAGGUGAUGAUUCUUUGAACACAGAAAUUAAAUUAAACGGAGAGAAUAAAUAAGAAAAAAAAAAGAUUGAAAAUUAAAAACUACUCCAUUCCAUGUUCAUGACAUUUUUAAUACUCAUCUUGCUAAGAUGCAGAACAAGGACUAUUGAAUUUCCAUUCAUUAGCAGCCAACAGGAUAUGAAUGAGUAUUAACUUCAAACAAAAACUUGAUUUAUAACAACAUCGACUUGUGCACUUAAAAAAAUAAUUACAAAACAUUUUUAAAAGGAAGAGUAACAGUGGAAGCAGUAAUGAAUAUAAAACAUGACUGAUUAGGCUUAAAACAUAACUUCAAGUAUUCUAUGGCAUUUCCUCAGACAUUUGUCUCAUCUGUUUGUGCAAUAUCCAUCUUUGCAUAGUAAAGAAAAAUUGGUUAGAUUCCAGCCUUGAGUAAUCUGUUUCUUGACCAUGCACCUAUACAGCUGCUAAUUUGCCUGGCAGACUUCUCUUUUAGGAGUAUCAGAUCAAAUCAGUGAGAUCAUGCAGCAGACUGGAAUGAGCUAUACAGCUACCACAGCUUCUUGUCCAGCUGAAUAGGUAAAUAAUGGAGCAAAUGUAGAGUGGAUGAAAUGGAGGCAGGGUCAACCUGGUCUUCUUUUGAUGCCGCUUUGCGAUGAACGAGUUACUGCUAAAUGGAUAUGCACUUCCCAAAGCACAGCCAGGGCAUGUACAAAAUCAACACCUAUCAAAUCCAGCUUUUUAACUGUCUACCAGCACAGGAAGCACUUUAGCCUGUACCUACUCUGAGCUGUAUUGUCACUUGUGUUGUGUGCACACAGGGCAGAAAGUGUGUUCUUCCCAUGCACACAAUGGCUGAGGACUGGAGCAUAAAUUCAGUCAAGAAAUCCUAAUUGCUAUGAAACUGCUGGUGUAAAUAAAAAUGUUACUCCAGCACUGAACAUAUAUACAUAGUAGUUGGGGACCACUGUGGUCUGAUUUAAAACAUCACAUCACACACUAACAAUGUUGUUUGUGAAAUGCCUCUCCGAGGUUUAUUACACAGGUAGUUUAUGUAUAUCCAGUUGACUUUACUUAUUGUAAUUUUUGAUAGCACUGGUGUUUCUGUUGUGGGUUAUGCUUGCUUUGGAAGCAGAACCUGAAAAAAUUUAGAUGUUGUGUUCCCAAUUGCAGCACUUUUAGAGAAACAUAAUACAGUUGCAAGUAUUUUUGGUUUGCCAUCAGAGAAAUGUCACUAAUGUAAUUCUGCUUAAAGCCAAGCAGGAAAUUUUCAGAAUAAGGUUUACAAUUUCUAUUAAUGGAAACUACCUGUGUGUGCAGCACCUUUAACUUAUAAUGUAGUAAGUGUAAAUGUGAUUAUGUUAAAGCUGAUUGAAAAUAUUUAGAAACAACUGUGAAUCAAAA